UUCAAUCCGAAGCCACUCAAUCAACAACCACAGUCGAACAGCCAUGCCGCCAAAACCCAAAGGAGAGACUUCUAACUUGGUCCGAGUGCGCAACAAUCAGCGACGUUCGCGGGCACGCAGACGCGAGUACAUCGCGGAGCUGGAGCGCAAGGUCGAAGAAUGCAAGGAACAUGGACUCCAGCCGUGCAUACCCGAAGUCGUUCCCCAGGACACCAUCUUGCGGCUUGAGGAGGAGAACAGAAAGCUCCGGGAGCUGUUAGCCCUUGCGGGCCUGGAGCAGACAUUGGUGGACGCUCAUCUCUCCGCUGACGGUGGAGCCCCCGAGGCUGUCGAUAGCGGCAGUCGUAUGCAAAGCUCCUCAGGAACAACGCAAGAAGGCCUGUCGGCGGCCACGGUGCCAAACGAAGUGGCAAGCUUGCAUAAUACCUCAGAUGAAAUGCUCGUAGAUUCAUUUCUACAACUCCCCGCGGACGAGUUCGACAUGAUGUUCGGGCCUCUUCAAACGAACUCCUCCUUCGAUUCCUCUUUUAUGCCUGAGAGCCCCCCCGGGCCUCCUCCGCCCUUUCCACACGACUCGUCCUUAACACCACUAGUCGACAAUCCACUUUGCCCUGCUGAGUCCUUUCUCCUGACCUCUAGCCAGUCCGAUAAGGGGACAACUCUAUGCUCUGUGGCAUAUGAGCUGAUACGCGAACAUAACAAGAGAGGGAUCGAUAUGAUCGAGAUUGGCAUCCGCCUCUGGAAUGGUUUUGUAAAAGGCGAUGGAGCUUGUGGCUGCGAGGUUGAAAACGAGUUGCUGUUUAGCGUCUUGGAAUACAUAAAGGGUUAGUGUCCUUGCCAGUGAUAGUAUAAUUAUCACUGUGCGAGUUCAUUCACUGCACGGAUAUUUUGGAUUUCCAGAGAAAAGUGUUUGCCCCGAGUGAUAAGGAGACAUAGCAUAAGAGACCAUGAUUUUAACUUGCAGCUCCUCCUAUUGUUCCUAGACAUUGCUUAUCUAAAUAAUAUUCUCGAGUUCGAGGAGCUGAAAAUGAUGUCACGAAGAGAGGUUGUCACCAGAUAAGGGGAUGUCACUGGGGAAGGGAAUGUCACCAGGGAGCUUUGGAAAGAUGGUGUCAGCAGAGGAGAGAAUGCCACCAC